GCGACUGCUGGUAGAGUCUCGGGGCUGUUGUGCGGGUGUGGAUAUUGUGUAUAUUAGUGCUACCCCUCUCCCUCUGUUAGUUUUUCCUAUGACGGACCCGUAUCGGAUUGUACAUUAAUGAAGUUCCGUCAGUUCGAUUUUGUCAACAUGGUUCUCGUUCGGAGGAAUAUACCUUUCGUGUGUGUCGUUGUGUUGUGUAUUGUUGUUGUGAGCGCAGACGAACCUAAAUCUCAUCAUCACCUUAAACAUUGUAAUCGUGUACACGAGGAAUAUAUCAGGAGAAAAAUUGGUACAACAAGAUUAGUUCCCAAUAGACCGGUGCAUGAUGCUAAUAUAUCUAUAUGUUUUGAUGGCAAGCAAGAUAAGACUCGAAAGUCGUGCUGUACUCGUAAAACGGAGUUAAAGUACAGUGACUCGGCGGAAAAAUACCUGAGAGACAGUGUUCGCUCUAGUAAUGCCUUUCUGAAAACAUUCAUCAUGGACAGUUUGGCCGAAUAUCAAGAAAGAAUACUUGACAUUUUGGAGGAGUCCCAAAACCGGACGUCGGUGUUGCUGACGAAGGUGCACAGCAUCCCGUGGGCGGAGCAUCAUGGGACGGUGAGCGACCUGUACCUCGACCUCGAGCAGUUGGCACGGCGACAGCCGGUCAGCAUCCACGACACCGUCAACACCUUCUUCAGUGCGCUCUUCCCGGCCGUCUUUUACUAUGCGCUCAGCGACCCCAAGUACGUCCAGAAGUACAACGACAACUACCGCAGCUGCCUGCUCCAGAACCAGGAGGAGAUCGAGCCAUUCGGGAAUGUGCCCCACCACCUGUCUAACCGGCUGCACCAGGCCUUCCAGAGGGCAAGGUCGUUUGUGAACGCGCUGUCGAUCGUGGUGGAGGCGAUCAACACGACGGACCACAUCCUGGUGGAGGAAGACUGCCGCCAUGCGGUGACGCGCAUGCAGUACUGCUCCCACUGCGAGGGCUACAUGGAUGCCAAGCCGUGUCACGGGUUCUGCUUCAACGUGAUGCGCGGAUGCCUGGCCAAGGUGUCCGAGAUCACACCAGAGUGGGACGAACUGGUGGACGCGAUCGAUGUUCUCGCGCGCGCCAUGAAGACCAAAUUCAACUUGGAGGAGGUUUUACUGUCCAUCGAGGCAGGCGUUAAUGAUGCCAUUUUACAAGCAAUGGACGACGGGCCCAGGAUAUACAACAAGGUGAGGCUGGACUGCAAGAACAUGACCUCGCGCUCAGAUUCCGACGGCCCGUACAGAAAGUCUCAGAGUAUCAUGAGCACUCCGCCUUACAGACAGAAGACGUCUCACACGCUGAGUAACCAGGUGGAAAAUGUACUGAAGAACCUCCGUGAUGCUAAAGGUGUUUUCAACCGCCUCGCCGACAGGAUUUGCGGCCAGUCCGGUCUGUACGAGCAGGACAUGCGCAGUUCACACUGCUGGAAUGGAACGAGCAUUGCUGAGUACAUGUACGUUGUCCCAGCGUCCAACUUCAUCAGCCAGGCAAAGGAGAACCGGGAGGUGAAAGUUUCGCUGAUUGCCGACUUCAAGCUGCUGCAGACCAAGGAGAAACUCAUGCACAUGCGCAAGAAUUUGAGCACCCUGAUCACGGAUGACGUGAUGUUUGCCGACCGACCGGAGAGACCGCUGUAUGGUAGUGGCGACGGUUCCCGCGUGCGGGAUGUCAUCAUUGACGAUGAGGAUCUUUACGGCGGGGAAUCCGGUAGCGGUAGUGGGGACAGUUCAUACACCGUGCAGCCCAGUGAUCCAGGUUCAAACACGAACAUCAAUCAUGAUAUCACCGCUGACAAGGCGAAGAAGAGCGCUGGUUGUCGAGUGUUCCCGGGACAGGUGGCGCUACUGGUAGUCGUGUUGAGCCUGGCGAGGACUGUGUUGCUCCAUUGAUGAGCCAUGCGCAAUGUGUGUUCACAAAUUAAUCCAUCCAUUUUGUGUACUCAUCUCCACAAAUAUCAUCUGAAAUCUGCGAUGUCGUGAUCGCUAGUUCACGAAUUCAAUGAAGCAAAAUACCUUUCAUGUGCUGUAACUCGUUACAUUUUCUAAAAACAAAAUCUUUUUUUUAAAUUUCCCAAAACAAAAAGAUAAUUUUUCGAAAGCCGAAUUAAAAAAAAUUAAAAAAAAUAUGUAAAAUUUACAUGGUGUAUGAUUUGACAAAUUGCUAAAAUAUUUGGAAGCUGUUUUCCAAAAGACAUUAUUAUUGGCAGUUUGUCGAAGUGUUGACCCAGUUGUUAUCUCAGUUGAAGUGCUUGAUGAAACCUGCAAAUUGAAAUUCAGGAGAGACGCAGCAAAAUGUUUGCCUAAAUAAAGGAUCACAUAUUAAAAGACUGACUGCAAUUUAAGGAUAAGCCUAGAAAGAUGAGAUUAAAAGUCUUGCUGGGAUUGUAUGUCAUAAUGUGAUAUUAACAUUCUGGCUGCAAGAAUCAGGUUUUAAAAAAGAUUUCCUGCAAGGAUGAGGAUAUGUAAAAAAAAGUUGCAAGGAUCAGGAUAUGGUAAAAAAUAGUUUAAAAAUUGCAAGGAUUAGGAUAUGUUGAAAUUGCAAGGAUGAAGAUUGGUUAAAAAAUGCAAGGAUCAGGAUAUGGUAAAAAAAAGAGAGUAUAUAUGCAAGGAUUAGGAUAUGUUGAAAUUGCAAGGAUGAGGAUUGGUUAAAAAAUGUAAGGAUCAGGAUUGGUUAAAAAUUGCAAGAAUUGGGAUAUGUUAAAAAUUGCAAGGAUCAGGAUUGGUUAAAAAUUGCAAGGAUUAGGAUUGGUAAAAAAAAUAACCUGGCUGAAAGGAUUAGGAGUGAUAAAAAAGCAAGGAUAUGACUAGAUUAUCAAGCAGACUGAAUGAAGCAGGAUAGGUUUAUACAUUGGCAGCAAGGAUCAAGGUAUAUUCGGAGAUUGACUGCAAGGAUAAGUGAUUGUCUGCAGUGUUUCAUGGCUGUCUGCAAGGAUCAGAGAUGGACUACAAGGAUCGAAUGUUAUAAGACUGGCAGCAAAGAUCCAAUGUUAAAAAGACUAUUUGCAAGGAUUGGGAUGAACUAAGGUUUAUUGGUGUGAAACGGGAUUAUUUAAAGACUAUUCAAGUGGAAUUGUACAUCUACUAAAUGUGAUAUUAAACAGCAUCUGGUGAAAUGUGUGACUACAGUGUGUACAACUGAUGAAAAAUGGUUCCAAAGAAAGGAAUGCAAAUGAUGACUAAACCAAUGUACAUGGAUAUAAUGAAUAAACGCAGAAUUUUGGACUGGCUCAGGCUUCUAAGACUUUUUGGCUGAAUCUUUAUCGGUGCAGAUUCUAACACCAUUCAAAUUGAAUGCAGGUCACAAAGUUUAUUUCAGCCUGUUUUCAUAUUAAAUAUGUUUUAAUGGUAUCAGUUGUAAAAAUCAAACAGAUUUUAUUGGUCAUUUGCUACAUUUUUAGCCAAAUAGUAUAUUUUAUAACCAAUUGCAUUUUAUUACAUUUUUAGCCAUUACUGUAUUUUAUAAUGUAUUAUAUUUUAUCAGCCAAAUAAUACGAUAUUUAAUCAAAUACUGAAUUUUAUAGCCAUUUACAGUUUAUUAGCCAAUUACAACAUUUUAAACAAAUGCUGUAUUUUGUAGCCAAUUACAGUUUAUUAGCCAAUUACAACAUUUUAAUCAAAUGCUGUAUUUUGUAGCCAAUUACAGUUUAUUAGCCAGUUACAACAUUUUAAUCAAAUGCUGUAUUUUGUAGCCAAUUACAGUUUAUUAGCCAAUUACAACAUUUUAAUCAAAUGCUGUAUUUUGUAGCCAAUUACAGUUUAUUAGCCAAGUACAACAUUUUAAUCAAAUACUGAAUUUUGUUGCCAAUUAGUUUAUUAGCCAAGUACAACAUUUUAAUCAAAUGCUGAAUUUUGUAGCCAAUUACAGUUUAUUAGCCAAUUACAACAUUUUAAUCAAAUGCUGAAUUUUGUAGCCAAUUACAGUUUAUUAGCCAGUUACUACAUUUUGUUUACCAAUCUGUAUUACCAAUGUAAAUUGAGAAAUUAACAAAUUAGGUUGCACACAAGAUGAGCCCUGAUCUAAAAUUCCAGACAUUUUAACAUUGAGUCUAAAAUCCAGACACUUUACACUGAGUCUAAAAUCCAGACACUUUAACAUUGAGUCGAAAAUCCAGACAUUUUAAGAUUGAGUCGAAAAUCCAGACAUUUAAAAGUCUUAAAAGCAUGAGCCUGGCACCAAGAAAUAAUGUGAGGUCCCAUGGUUUGUCUCCAUGGAUACAUUAACAGUGCAACUAACACGAACACUUCAAGAUGAUGUAAUGUCAAAAUAUAUAUCACACAUACCAGUCCAUCUAUCUAGCUAUACGUAUUGGCUUUACUUAUGCGGAGAGAAAAGAAACAGGAGGUUUGUAGAAUGGAUGUACAAAUAGAUGAAUUGAAAUUGUACAGUCUUAAUGUGUCCAUUGCUAAAGUUUAAACAAUGCAAACUGUUAAACAUAAAUAUUUUCUUCAUACUGUACGCUUAUGUAUACAUAAUUGUGUAUGGUGAUGAUAUUUUUAAUUUCAUGUUUUUUCUUUCUUUCUGUUUUUGUUACUGUAAAAAGCUUACUGUUUGUUCUGUUGCUUUUGUUAACACCCCACCCCUGGCUUACCCAGCUUAGAUAAAAACGUAGCUAGGAAUGUAUGUGUUCAACACAGUGUGGGUGAUGGGAGGGGGGAUUUUUUGUAAAAUGCCUGAAAACUAAACACCUCUUGAUCCAUGAAAAUUCUCUGUGUUAGUAUGUGAAAUAUUUUUAAUAUCGUAUAACCCAACACUUAACAUUUCAGUAGUGGAUCAGUUGGUUAUUAUAUCUUUUUAUUUUAUGAUUUGAAAUGUGGAGCAGAAACAUUGGUAGGACGUUUCAAGUCUGAAUUACACAUUUAAUCUAUUUGGGUUAAUUUUUCUACAACAGUCUGGUUAUUAUUUUGAAGGUGGGAUAUUAAAUGUUUUAGUCUUUCUGUAAACAUAAUAUGAUGGACAUUAGUGAACAUAAGACCACAAAAUGUCUUAGUUUUAGAAAUGUUUUCAUGCCAGUCAUAUGGUCUGGCAGUCCUGUAUCAAGUAGGACAUUUUAUUCUCGGUGGCAGUCCUCUUAUUAUGUCAGUUUGUCUUGGUGUCGUCAACAAUUUGUCCUAGGGAGUGGCAACCCUCUUAUAAAAUAGGACAAUUUGUCAUAGGGAGUGGCAAUUCACUUACAAAAUAGGACAAUUUGUUCUAAAGAAUGGCAGUCCUCUUACAAAAUAGGACAAUUUGUUCUACAGAAUGGCAGUCCUCUUACAAAAUAGGACAAUUUAUCAUAGAGAGUGGCUGCACCUGAAAUGUUUUAAUUGAUUUGUCUUUAAACAUACUUUAUUCACCCAUCUACGUAGCCACCAUAUUCCACUUUCUAAUUAUAUUUUAUACAAAUAUUUAAAUUAUGGCAAUGGUCCAGAAUUAAAAAAAUAAAAUUGCCGAGAGGGUUAACAUGGAUUUCACUCCAUCAUGGUUUAGUUACGGUGAUACAAUAGUCAGAUUUGUUUUUCAAAAAUUAAUGUAAUUUUCAUUUAUUAUCCACUUUUAGUGAAACAAGGUCCUCACAUCCGUGACAGUAUGCCUUUAAAAUUUACAUGUACAUGUAAAAACUAAUUAUGUCGCUUUAAAUAGUGAUUGAAUGUCUCGGGACUGCCAAAAUGUCACUUUGAAGACACACUAUGGAAUAAAUAUAUACUGAACAAUGACUAAAGAAAUCCAAAUAUUAUCCAUAUGGUUCAACAUAACCGAGUUAAUAAUAAUCAUACGAAGCACACAUGCAAUUACUUAAUUUUGAGAAGCGACAUCAUAACAUGACGUUGCUUCUCCAGUCCUAGCUCAAAUAUGACAUCAUUUCGUCGCUGUGGCUGAGGCUGAAACAUUUUGAGUUGGGUCUUGUUAUUCAUAAAGAAAACAACAAUAAUAAUAUGGAUAAUAAAGAAAUGAUUACACUCACAUGUCCCAUGAAACUCGUGUCAGGUUUUAUGUAUUAACCUCGCACUCGCUUAAUUGGGCAAUACAAAAUUCCGGACACUCGUUUCGUAAAGCCAGUACGACACACAAGCUGGUAUAAUAAUCUCUAUGUGUUAGUCUAGUUUACUUUAAUUUUAUUUUAAAUUAUCCAGUUUGAAUCCUGUUAGUCUUUGUGUGUCUGUUAAAAUUAAUGAUCAACGUUUUGUGUUCAUAUUAGGCCCAUUUUAAACCGUCUGUCUGUUCACCGAAUUAAUUGUAUAAAGAGAGAAAAAUAUUUGAAAAUAUUUGUGUUUCUUUUGUUGUUGUUCAGUGAAACCCCUCUAAACAGGACACUAACCAAGAUAAUUGUCUGGUUUUAAGAGGGAUCCAAUUUAGAGAGAUUACAUUCUAUACUGGUUUUUAAAAAGGGAUUCUGUAAAAUGUCUGGUUUUAAGGGAAUUCCAGUUUACAGAGGGUCUGCGCUCGAGAGGUUUUACUGUAGUUGCAUAACAUCGACAUAUUCAGUUGUGUUUUAUAAAGGCAACCAAAGUUGGUUUUUGUGACGAUGUCUCUUUUUUUCUUUUAUAUAUACAAUAUAGGUUACAAUACACACAUUUAUGUGAAGGGUGUCAGAAGUGUCCUUUAUAGGCAGGCGGUUUUAAUACAGGGUGCUGUUUUUAUCAGGUUCAACUGUACUUUACAAUCGUACAGAUAUUCAGACCUGUCCAUUUGUUACAAAAAUUCCUUUUAUCCAUAUGUGUCACAAUUAAGGUACAAAAUAUAUUUUGCAAAAUAUAUAUAUAUAUAUAUAUAUAUACCAUGUUUGUGUGUUACUUUUCAGGUCUUUGUUUUUCUAUAUAUAUAUAUACAGACCUGAAAAUUUUGUAAGCUUGUUUUAUUUUUAAAGGUGUUUUGGGCAAUUAACCUAUUUCAUAUUACACCAUUGCUACUUACGUAAAAAAUAUCAUAUAACAUUACAAACUGGUUUUGCUGUUCAUACGGAAAUUCAUUGUACUGUACAAAUUGACUAUCCUCUGUGAGUCUAGUGAAAUAAGAAGGCACGUUUGCAGGAUGUCAUGCAAGAGUGGGUUCUGGACUGGUGAGCGAAUUUCUAAGGGGGGGGGGGUUCGAGUCAUGCUUGCUUAGAGCAGGUGAUGUUUUGACCCCCAACCCCUCACCCCUCACGUGCCUGAUAUGCCUGUGUAGUUGUCAAUUUCAUGCAGCAUGUUUUGUGUUUAUUUCCAUAAAAUAUUUUAUGACUAAUAUAUUGUGUAUUUAUAAUGUUGUUAACAUGCAAACUGGGAUGGUCAGAAAACGUAUCUUUCUAUAGGUCAUUAGAAUAAAAUUUCUAUUCGCUCUGCUGUUUUAGUUUUUCAGUAUAGAAUUUUCACAAUAUUCGUCACACAGCUGAGUAAAAAACCCCACCUGGUAUCCAUUUGGCUGUGUUGUAGAUUGCGUUCCUCCUAAUCAGUAAAAGUAAUCUGUAUCAGGUUUCUUCUCUCAUUCUGUUAUGUACAUAAUAGCAGCAGCUGAGGCCUAAAACAGUGCUUUAUCACUAGGCUACAUUCGAUCCCACUUAAGCUGUAUCGUAACCGGAUGUGAGAGAUUAUUUUAGAAAUCAUUGAUUUCAAUCUCCGUAUCCUAGCAACACACUUACGAUGUGACACAUAAAUAUGUUGUCACAUGUGUCCGGUUUGGAUACGUCAAUUAAAGUCCUCAUUUUAAAUCCUCUUUUGUUUUAAAUGCAUGUAUUCUACGUACCUCUUCAUACCUUUGUCACCUGUUCAUAAAGACCACCUUUUCUAACAGUUCACAUUGUGUACAUUAAUUGGGUGGUCUUUCCAUACAGGUUUUUCAUGGAAGAUGCUAAAAACAUUUAGUAGGUGAACUCUUUUUCUUUUCUUUUUGUAAACUGCAUUCACUCAUAUGAGUCCAGAUAAAAUAUUAUACUCUUUUUCGCCUACAUGUUAAUAGAAAAAUAAAUAAAUAAUAAUACAUGUGUAAUACAUUUGAAAAAAAGGGGGGUUGGCAAUUUUUUCUAAAGAUUUUAAGGCCUGAUUAAAGAAUGUGUUGGGGCAUCAUUAAACAUAUUUUGGUAUUCUUCUCUCAACUGUAAGUCUGUAAAAAAAGUAAAAACUAAUGAGAAAUAUUUGUUUUAAUGGUCUGACACUUAUUUGUAUAUGGUAUUGAAGUGUAUGUUUUAUUUUUUAUUUGCACCUUGUUUAACACCUAAUAAUCUGUGUUUUGGCCGGUGCUGGGAUGUUGUUAAAAUAUGUGUCAGUAAAUUUAGGAAUUAGGAACCUAAAAUUCACCAGCCAAUGAACUUGUUCUAUACAUUCGAGAAAAAUCCAACAGCUAAUAAACUUGUUUUAUACAUCUGAGAAAAAUCCACCAGCCAAUAAACUUUUUAUUAUAUAUUUGCACAAAAUUCACCAGCCAAUGAACUUGUUCUAUACAUUUGAGAAAAAUUCACCAGCCAAUGAACUUGUUCUAUACAUUUGAGAAAAAUUCACCAGCCAAUGAAUUUGCUUUAUACAUUUGAGGAAUUUUCUUUAUUACAUACACUUGAAACACCAGCCCUAUAGUCUGACCUUCCUGGUUGAUUGUCUUGCGUGAAAUUGCUUUGUGAUAUUUCUGAUAGAUUUCAUUAUUCACUGUUGUCAUGGAGAUCAUCAGUAUUACUGUCAUUGUCUCUUUAGUGUUUAACACUAAUGUUCUUUUUCUUAGUCUGUGUUAUGUUUUUCACAUUGUUUAUUAAGAAAAAAUUUAAAAGUCUCCACAACAUGCAUUUAAACAUAGACAAUGCACCUAUUAAAUUUUUUAACCUGUUUCGUUGAUUAACUAGAAUAAAAUAUGAGAAAAAUGGAACUUUCAAUUCCAUGUUAAUUAAAUAUGCUUUAAAAUAAUCGCAACUAUUUGGUUCAAGAUUUAAUUCAAUAUGUAGGGUGAUGAAUAUGAAAUUAAUUACUAAAAUUAAAUCUGUUGGCAGAUACGUGCACGUCAUUAACAUUUCAAUCACAAUAUUCCUUGCACACAACAUAAGAUCUAAAGUAUAUAUGGAUGGUGAAGGUUCAGGGGAAAAUAUAUUCUAUUCUAAAUAAAACUGACAAACUCAGCUGCCCACGAUUCUCCACCCUAGCCCAAUGAAAUAACCCUAACAUAGGCAAUGUUGAAUACUGCAUUCAGAUUAAAGAGUUGUUUACUGUUGAAAUUCUGUUAUUUGAAUUAUAAAAGUUCAUCAUAUAAUUAGUUUACUAAUUUCGUUUUUAUAAAGAAAAGUUGUAGUCUCUUGGGCCCACAUUUCAAACGUGUCCUAGCGCUAUAUCGUAAAACUGCCUUAUAGUAUGGCAUGCGUCAUUAUGAUGUCAUAAGCUACAUGUACAGUGUUUUACAAUAUCGUAGCAUUAAGAUAGCUUCGAAAAUCUCAAGCCAGGCUAUUAUCCACGUAGACAUGAUGCAAAAAGAAAGAGUCCAAAAUACAUUACCGGUAUUUAUAUAUAUUUAUAUUAUCCACUAAAUUGGUGGUGGGAACUGGCAGGGUUAGUUUUUAUUCUUGAAACAUUCUAAAUGGAUUCAACCACAUUUGUCUGUCUGUCUGUCUGUGUGUGUGUGUGUGUGUGUGUAAUUUUUAUAUCUUUGUAUGUAGCACCAAUAGAAAUUGUUAUUGUGUUUUUGACGUCUCAUCUUGUUGAAUGUAACCGUAUUGUAAAUAAGUAUAAAUAUAUCUGUAUAUAGCCCCCUUGCUGGUGCUUUUGAAGCAGUUAUCUCCCUUAUUCUCUUAAUUAUCUCCCCUUGUUCUCUUAAUUAUCUCCCUUGUUCUCAAGUGGAAAUGUUUUACAUCUCUACUGUAUUUUUAUUGAAUCACUUUCCACAUUCAACACCAUGUAUUAUUGAGAAUAAAACUGAAUUUGAAUAUGAUAAAACAAAAUAAAUAAUUACCUUUAUUAUAGAAUACUGAAAAAGAACUCACCAUAUAUUGAUCAACCUUUAUUUAAAUAAAAAAAUGUUUUUAAAAAUAUUUUAAUAGUAAGUAUGAAGUACAAGGCAUCUUAAAUGCAAACAAAAAUAAAUACAUAGAAGAUAAGAGGUAAUUAUUAUUAUUAUUAUUAUUAUUAUUAUUAGCCUAUAACCACAUAGUUGUAUCAACGUUUGCCACCAGUUUUCCCCAUGUCUGUAUACAUUGUUAUACAUCACACCAACUUUAAAAUGUCACAACUUAAUUUGCAUAUUUACAUGCAAGAUUUAACUACUAAACUUAUCAGAUACAGAUGUGUAUCAAGGUAAACGACUAAUCUCCAGUGCUGUUUUAUAUGCUUCAUUGUAUACAUGUUUAAAAAUUUGUAUUGCAAAAAAAAAAAGAAACGUAUAAUCAUUAAAAAAAAAUUAAAUGAAUGCUGUACAUAUUUUCUGCUUUUAACUAUGAAUAUAGAUGUUUUGUUUACAUGUUCGUCUGUAGAUGGGUUGUCCACUGUGUACUGUAAAUCUAAUUUGUACAGUUCCUUGUUUCAAUGAUAUAUGCAGUUUUAUUUAAUCAAAUACAUGUGUAUGAAAUCAAACAUGUACAACUGAUCAGUAAACUUCAAAUAGAUGAA